AGUAAAUAAACUGUUUUGGGUGUGACAGACAGUACUUGACAGAUAACCUAUUACGACCACAGUUUGGCCGCAAUUAUUGGACUUAAAAUUUGUUAUUAUUGAAAAUAAGCAAUGCAACUUCAAGCUAGUGCGUUACUUGAUAAGCUGAAGCAUUGCCAAAAGGCAUUAUCGUUUAGUGAGUUGCAGUUAACUACAUCUCAAAAGGUUGUAUUAUGGAGCCUAGGAGUAGUGGGCACAAGUGCUGUAGUAGUUGGGAUAUUGUCUCGAUACUUAGCAAGAAGGAGAGCCAAGCCCAUACUGAACCCUCGGAUACAGAGGGCAAUAAACAAGAGAAUCUCUCGGAUGAGGAGUCCUAGCGGAGGAAUGGGAUCAGUCGCAAGUAGUGGAGGCCGUAGCAGUCCCCUGGGCUUCAGUGAGCGGCUGUCGCUAGCUUCAGGUUCUAUUGGAUCAGGAGGUGGAGAUGCUGCCCCACUUUCACCACAGCAGCUUGGUGUUAUGGGCAUGGAGGCCUUGGAGACGAGCAUCAACUACUGGGAGGAUGCGCUGGCCGCGUUCUCGCUGGGCGCCCGCGGCGGCGUGUCGGGCACGCUGGCGCUCACCUCGCCCGAGGAAGCGGAGUUCUGUCGAGAGAUCCAGGACCUGCUGCAGAACGCCUACCUGCUACAGGAGCGGUGCGAGCUCCUGUUCCUCGACCAGCGCUCGGUCCUGUUCCGGUCGGAGAGCGGCGGCGGCGGGGGCGGGGACGCGGGCGCGGGGCGGCGAUCGCGGCUGCUGUCCACGCACACCGGCUCCUCGCACACGCGCCGCGACCACCACUCCAGCGCGGAGUCCUUCGCGUCCGCGGAAGAUCAGGUAGCGGAUUUAAGAGAAUUCGACGACCUGAAAGAUGACCUGCCUGAAGUAGAAAACUUAGAAUUAUAUCAAUUAGGUGUGAAACAAUUAGAAAUCGGCAUUCCUUAUAGAACUCUGCGCACGGACGUGGUGCAGUGUGCGUCGGACUCGGAGUUCCUGUGCAAGCUGCACGCGCUGCGGCUGGCGCUGGCGGCCGUGUUCCGCGCGCCCGCCAACUGGGCGUGGUUCGUGGACGCCGGCCGCCAGGUGCUCACCGACCUGCUGCUCUACGCAGACAAGGAACCCAAAGAGUUUCUGGUUGCAUAUGAAGAAAUGGUAACGUGGACGUCAGAUCCCGCGAACUGGGUCACAAUUGAAAGCGAACUUUCCAGUAAAGGAGUUAAGGUGCUGUCCUUCUACGACGUGGUGCUAGACUACAUCCUGCUAGACGCCUUCGAGGACCUGGAGUCGCCGCCCUCGUCCGUGCUCGCCGUCGUGCGCAACCGGUGGCUCUCAGACGGGUUCAAAGAGAGCGCGCUAACGACGGCGGUGUGGUCAGUGAUCAAGGCGAAGCGGCGCUACCUGCAGUUCCCGGAGGGGUUCAUGGCGCACUUCUACUCCAUUUCGGAGCACCUGCUGCCCGUGCUCGUGUGGGGCUUCCUCGGCCCGCACGAGCGGCUCAAGGAAGUGUGCCGCGCCUUCCAAGCGGAGAUCGUGGGGUUCAUCGCGGACCUGUUCAGCUUCCAGCGCUCGCGCUACACGGCCGUGGAGGAGCUGGCGGCCGACGUCAUGCUGCACGCGCGCGCGCGCGCCGCCGCGCUCACCGACAAGCUCGCCGACCGAGGCUAG